AUGGAUUUUUUCGGGUUUAUAUUGUUUUUCACCGCAACAUUAGCUUUCUCAAAUGGUCAAAUUGACAACAACAUGAAAGCUCUUCAAAAUAUGGCGCUACCCACUUUAUUACCUUUACCUAAUUUAUCAGCUUUGUCUAAAAAUUUUCAAUCGCUCUCGGGUUUGAUACCGAAUCAGCAACAAUCAAAUUCUAAUUAUCAAUACCAACAGGGAAACGAACCUCCGAAGAGUAAAGAAAAAUUACCAUGUACCUGUGGAGUGUUUUUAAGCGGACAAUUUAAGAAAGGAAGUCCUCAACCUCCGAGUGGUAACGCGGUUUUACUUCAAGAACUUUCUGAUACCAUGGCAUGCGGACCGUUGGGUGAAAAACAAUGCAUUAAUAAAUGCUUGGAAUCUAUUGUUCGACACCUUCCAAACAGUGGGCCAAUGAUUUGUGGCAGUAUAGAUAGAGAUUGCUUUAAAGAGAGAGCUUAUUUGUUUGUUAAAAAUUGUAACGAUGCUUGGGUAAAUAGUAAUUUGUCAGCAGGACGUGAAUAUUGCUGUAAGGACGGUCUUCAGUAUAAAUGUCCAACAGGUUUGAUGAAUUUAAAUCAAGCAAAUUAG